AUGCCAAAUGCACCAGACAUACUGAAGAUGGCAGUUAUGCUGAAGGACCCAACAGUGCAGAAGACACCAGCCAAGCAGAAUGUGCUAGUUGUAAAAAAAGGAUCAAUUACUCAGAAAUCAUCAAUCAUAAAGAAGGCGCUACCCAUGCAAAAAGAAUCAGUUUUGCAGAAAUCCCCAGUCAUGACAAAGCCACCAGUCACAAAGAAAGGCUCAAGCAUGCAGAAGGCGAGCCAAAAGCAAAAUGUUAUUUUCAUGCAGAAAGCACCAAUCAUGCGUAAGGUGGAACUCAGGCAAAAGGUGCCUCUUACGUCACCAGUCAUGAGGAAAGCACCAAUCACACUGAUGAUGCCAGUCUUGCAAAAGGUGGCAGUCAUGACAAAGACUCCAGCAAUGCAGAAACCAGUAAUUAUGUAUAAGGCAUCAGACAUGCAGAGAGCAGCAGUCAUGCCAAAGUCUACAUUCAUGCAGAACCAGUCAGCAGGGCAUAAAACAUCAGUUGUGAAAAAACAAUCAGUCAUACAGAAGUCAUCAGACUUACAAAAGAUGGGAGUCAUACAGAGACCAUUAGGCAUGCUUAAACUGCCAGUCAUACAGAAACCAUCACCAAUGCAGAAGCAGGUAAGAGUACAGAGAAAGGCGUCCGUCAGGUCAUCAGCCAUGAUGAAACAGUUAGCAGGACAUAAAACAUCAUCAGUUCCACAGAAACAGACAGUUAUUCAAAAGAUGUCUACCGUGCAGAAGCCACUGGUCAUGCUUAAACAGUCAGUGGGGCAGAAGCAGCUACCCAUUCAGAAACCAGCAGCCAUGCAAAAACCAUCAGUAAAACAGAAAUCAUCAAACAUGCAGAUGGCUACAGUCAUGCAAAAUAAGUCAGGAAUUCAGAAACCAUUAACUGUGCAGAAACUACUAGUCACACAGAAGUUGCCAGUCACUGAGAAGAGGUCAUUAACGGUGGCCGUUAAAAAGAAGCAGUCAUCUCCAUAG